GGUCGGUACGUCAAACAUAGUAAACCCCUGAGCAGCUGGCUGUCUCUCGCCAGAAAUAUCGACAGCACCCGCCCGCCCGCCGUCUGUGCUCGCAGUCGCAGAUCGAUCGCAGCUGAUGAUGGGAGUCUGGAUCCCCUUCUUGCGGCUCUGCCCCCCUUCGGAGGGGGCUGAUUUCGUGCUUGCACAGCCGCGGCUGCCGCACGGACGACGGCGAUAAUGGCAGUCUUCUCUCGGACCAGGAUUUGCAUCAAGCCAUCCUAAAUCUCAUCGUCGGCUUCUACAAGGCGGCGUUCGACCGGCUGCCCCGCGCGAGCGAGAACAUGACGGAGCUCAUCGACCUCCUGGACGACGGCGGCUUAUGCCUGGGCCUCCUCGACCCCGUCUCCAACAUCAUCCUCAACAUCCUCGCCCUCCUCCCCUAUGCCGCCGCCGCCUCGUCCGCUCCACCCGCCGCAAAGAGGUCCAAGAGAGAAGCGUGGGCGGAUUUCCCCAAACCCAACGACGCUGACUACGUCUGGGACGUGAUGGCAGGCCGAUCCUACCGCAGCCUCGUCAACUUCCUCGUCGGCUACUUCGGGUGCCUCACCGAGGAACAGGCCUCUCGAUACCUCUACUGGGCUAGAGCCGAUCUCCCUCUCGCCGUCAUGCUCGUUCAGCACGAUCUCUAUGAGCAUGAUGCUCAGCAUCAGCCUCAGGGCCUUGACCCUGACUCCGCAAGAACUCAGGCCGCCUUCAAGUGGGCAGCCCAAGAGGCAGGUCACCCUGCGCCCGACACUCUGGUGCAGCUUAUGGCCAUCCGGCUUUACCCCGACGCCUUUGCCCUUCUGAAGAAGCAAUUUUCGGAGGUUUCCCUCAGCUCUGAAAAUGUCAGAGCCAUCCACCGUCUAUUGCACCGCCCCUACGAUGCCCAAAUGACCCCUCGCGGCACGACGACUACCACCAACGUCUCUGCAGAUGGCAGCACCACCACCACCAUCACCACCACUGUCCGCCGAGCAGCUCAUCGCAUCACGUCUCUCCGGCAGCAUAUCGACCACACGGACAUGUCUGCCAAGCUAUCAUCCUGCUUGACGCAGGGAUAUGCUCAAAAGCACAGAUUGAAGACCCCGUGCAGCCGUGACGCAUGCAAUUACCUGCAGUCUCUCGAGAUGUACCUCCAUGGUAUGCUACACCACUUCUACAUCAGGGCGCUCACAUUACUGCCCACCCCCUCGGGCUCGCUCAUGCGCAGCUUCCUCAUGGCCGGCCACUGCUAUGGCUCCAUGGACCCUGUCUGCAACAUCAUCGUCAACUCCAUCUGGUACGACAGGCACGGCUGCCCUCUCCCGGAGUCUGAACGCACCAAGAUUGAGCAAUACAUUGACAUCCUUGACCCCCUCUCUCUGCUCCGCGUCGAGAUGCAUUCCCUUAAGGGCCUUACGGAGCUCGCCGCAUUCGCCGACCCCCAGCUCUCAGUGGCGGCUUGCGCUCUGGAGAACCUCUGCAGUGCGAAAUGCGACAUUGCUACCAUGUUACCAUCAUCCACGGAGAGGUUUGAAAAGAACCCCUUCCAUGAAGCUUCCAUGGCCGCUGGACACCCUCUGCCUCUUCAGCUGGGUGAACUGCACCAGCAGCUGCUGCUCAUGCCCGUUGAGCGAAACAAACUGCUCUCCUUGAUGAAGGAGGCUCAAACUGGUGGUACCGUGUUGCCCAUCGAUGACAUAGCAUCCAUUCUAGACAUGGUGUUGAGCAGAUCCAGGGCUCCAGCACCAGCAUUAGUGCAGGCACCCGAACUUUGUGUAAAGGCCCUGAGCGUGGUGUCAAGGAAUAGAUCAUGCUAUGAGGAGCGGAGGAGGUGGUUCCGUUCAAAGCUUGAACGGAUUCUGAAGGAAUACGCGACACAACAUUUCUGGGAACCAAAAUAUACCCUGGACUAUAUCUGCGGUGUGGAGAAAAGCGGGGAAGCCCCUCCCAAAUUUCACACCUGCUACCACGUUAAUUUUAUGGCUACUUGCGAGCUGCGGCCGCAAAAGACGCUCUUCUUCGCUGAAUUCAGGCUCGUGGAUGAUGAUCCAAAUAAGCCAAGUUUCUGCUGCACUCUACCCUAUCCAUAUGCUGGCCGUUGCUACUAUGGCGUGCGUACCGCGAGGAAGAUUGUGUAUCCAGACCGCGCCGAGUACAUCGGGAAAGACAUCACGGAUGAUGGAACCCGCAGCGUGGGUGACAUGCUACAGAUGGACCACGUCUACUUCUGCUCCGAGGGAGACGUGGAGCUCUCGAAGAAUCUCAACAUAUUGCCCAGUUCGGAGUCUCGGUAUGACUCUUUCUGAGUAUGAAGAUUGAAUCUUCUGUCCUUCGUGGUCGCCGCUAGCAACUGUGUAAUGUUAUCAGGUGUGAAGUGAGACCAUGCAUGCUCCCUGCUGCUGUGUUAUGAUGGUUAAUCGUCUGCCAAAAUAAUCUGUAAAUCUUGGACAUGGGCAUCAGGUUUCGCUUGUUAAUCAUCUGGUGGAUUCUCA